AUGUCUGCCUCUGCGUCGCACCUCUGCUGCGCUCACGCGAGGACGAGAAUAGCGUCGAAUCAAAUAGCAUCGACAUCAUACAACGCUAAACCGCAAGCGAGACCAUCACGAACGCUUCGCGUGACCAACGCAGCGGACGAUUUCCGAACGUCCUCAAAAUCGACGAAAUCGUCCUCUUCUUCGCGUUUGCCGGCUGGAAGCAGUUCUCGGGAUAAUUCGUUCAAUUCUUCGGGAAGUGGAAAAGUGAAUACGAAAAAAAUAUCGCACUCGUCGACGGCGGCGUUUAAAAACAAAGGAGCAUCGACGAGGGUGUUAGGGAGGGCGAUCAGCAUACCGAGAGGUGAGAGCGCCGGCGCGAGCAUGGAUUUGGAUAUUGGCGGAGAUGUGGCUGACCUAGACAUCGAUGCGCUCUUAUCGAGAGUGAACGAGUUGCACGCGGCGAGCGAAGCGAUGAACGUGUUGCCUACGCAAAGGGAGUUGGAUCAGCUGGAAAAUACUUUAGAGAAGGAGUCUAUUUCGGAGAAAGAAACGAUGCGUGGAUUAAAGAAGCCAAAGAGCACGACGACGAGAAGCAAAGCGGAGGCGAGCGCGGCGGCGAUGAAGAAAAAAAGAGACGACGAAGAGUUACUUCUCAUGGGCGACGACGAGGACGACGACGAAGAUCUGGACUUAGAUGACGACGAGGAAGUUUUGGACAGCGAUAUCAUCGAAGGGAAUGGAUCUCUCGGCAUUGAAAUUGCGUCGAUUGAAGCGGAGUUAGAAAAGAAAAUUACAAAGGAAACGAUAAAAGGGAAGAAAGGAAAAGGAGAGGAGAUAGUUUUACCAAAGACGCGAAGAGUUAUCAAGUCUGCGGCGAAUGUUCGAACAGAGCGCGCGAUGCGCAUUGCCAGAGGCGUCCGUUCGCAGAGGAACUCGUCUUCGACGAAGAAAGCGAUCAAGAAUGAAAAUCAAAAAGCAGCUGAGUUGGAUGAAGUCUCGGAAAGGGUGCGAGCCUCGGACAAGAUUGUCGGCAAGAUGCAAGAGGCGAGACUGGCCAAGCGAAAGACAAAACCGUCGCUCAAAAAAGGACGAACUCGCGUUUUGAAUCCCAGAGGAAUUCUUCAAGCAAACCAGCACAGUGCGCAACAAGUAGAUUCCAUGAAAGUGUAUUUAAAAGAAAUUGGAUCGGUAUCUCUGUUGAAUGCGAACGAAGAAGUGCAGUUGGCGAGGAAAAUUCAAGACUUGAUGAACUUAGAGACGACGUAUAAAGAGUUGGUCGCCAAAGUCGCCGAAGGUAACGACCCUAUCGCGCAAACGCAUGGAGAUAAAGUCACCAAGAGCAUGUGGGCCAGAGAAUUAGGUUUAACCGAAUUCGAACUCGAAAUGAGAUUAACGGAAGGGAAGAACGCGAAGAAUCAUAUGAUUCAAGCGAACCUUCGAUUGGUCGUUUCCAUCGCCAAGCGAUAUGCGAAUCGCAACAUGUCUUUCCAAGAUUUAAUUCAAGAAGGAUGCGUUGGUUUAAUCAGAGGCGCCGAGAAGUUUGAUUUCGAGCGUGGCUAUAAGUUUUCUACGUACGCGCACUGGUGGAUCCGCCAAGCCGUGACGAGAUCCAUCUCGGAUCAAUCGAGAACGAUUCGUUUGCCCGUGCACUUGUUUGAAAUCAUUUCGCGAAUGAACAAACUCGAACAAAAGUUCAUCGUCCAGAACGGACGAGAAGCUACGUUGGAGGAAAUUUCGGCGAUGAUGGAAAUGCCUCAAGUGAAAAUCACGCAGAUAAAGAAAGCUGCCAUGGCUCCAGUAUCCUUGGCGCAAGCGGUUGGCGCGGAUGACGAUAAGCGAACGGUUGAAGACACGUUGGUUGAUAACAUCACGGAACACCCGGAAGAAUCUUCCGGCAAAGUGCUUCUUAAGGAAGACUUGGAAAACGUUUUGAACACUCUAAACCCGAGAGAACGAGACGUGUUGCGUUUGCGAUACGGCUUAGACGACGGUAGAGUGAAAACGUUGGAAGAGAUUGGCAACGUGUUCUCGGUGACUCGUGAACGUAUUCGACAAAUCGAAGCUAAGGCGUUGAGAAAGUUGAGGCAACCGUCCAGAAAUGGCAUCUUGCGAGAUUAUAUCCCACCCGCGAGCGCAUCUUCAUUAGGUUUGGAAGCGAGCGAGGACGACGAAGGCGACGAACGCAUCUCCUCGUUGUCGAACCGUCAACCUUCGCCGCGUUGA